CAAGGCAGGCAAGCGUGCGUAGCUUCAGAUCGCAGCCCGCACCAGCACGAUCCGGCUCCGAUCCCUUUCCGUUCCGGCCUCCCUCCGUGCGUCAUCCUCUCCGUCUCCUUCCUCGCCCCGCGUUGGCGUUGUUGCGCUCCUACUCCCUAACCAAACUGCUACCCGCGCCCUCAACCAUAAAUAACCUCAACCCUCUCCCUCUGCCCCCCCCGCAUCCUCUUCCCAUGCACGCCCGCCUCCGCUUCAGCCCUCUGCUCCACUUCCCGCAUUAAACAAGUCGCGCGGCGCGCCGAGUUUGGUUCAGUUCAGUUGGGUUCAGCUCGUUCUUUGUUGGAGAAUUGAGGCGUCGAGUCGGCGAUGGGUAUCCUCUCGCUCAUCACCGGUAAGGCGGGCGCCAGCGGGUUCGGGUCGGCGUCCACGGCGGAGCAGGUCACUGACGGCGUCGACGCCAGCCGCCUUACCGUCAUCAUCACAGGAGGAGCUAGUGGCAUUGGUCUGGAGACAUCAAGAGUUUUUGCCCUUAGAGGAGCCCAUGUCAUCAUUGCCGCGAGAAACACUGAGGCUGCAUCAGAAGCAAGGAAGACCAUCAUGGAAAAUAAUCCAGCAGCACGAAUUGAUGUUCUGAAGCUUGACCUCAGCUCCCUCAAGUCUGUCAGGGCUUUUGCGGACCAGUUCAACUCGAUGAAACUUCCUCUGAACGUCUUGAUAAAUAACGCAGGUGUGAUGUUUUGCCCUUUUCAACUGUCUAAAGAUGGAGUCGAGAUGCAAUUCGCCACCAAUCAUCUCGGACACUUUCUGCUUACCAAUCUCCUCCUCGAUAAUAUGAAAGCCACUGCCAAGUCUACGGGUAUUGAGGGUCGCAUCGUGAUCUUGUCAUCAGUUGCCCACACCCAUACAUACCCAAAGGGAAUUGACUUUGACAGAAUCAACGAUGAGAAAAGAUACAAUGAUAAAAUGGCUUAUGGACAAUCUAAGCUGGCAAACUUACUGCACGCAAAUGAGCUCUCUAGACGGCUCAAGGAAGAAGGAGCAAACAUCACAGUUAAUAGUAUUCAUCCUGGAUUGAUCAUGACCAAUUUGAUGAGGCACUCAUACGUUCUCUUGAAGAUCAUUCAAGUUGCAACUUUCAUACUGUGGAAGAAUGUACACCAGGGAGCAGCAACUACUUGUUACGUAGGACUGAACCCACAGCUGAGCGGAGUGACAGGACAAUACUUUGCUGACUGCAACGUGGAGAAGACGAGCAAACUGGCGAAGAGCGACGAGUUGGCAAAGCAACUCUGGGACUUUAGCGAGGAGCUGAUCAGGUCUGCGCAAUGAGAUCCGUAGGAGCUGAGCUGGAUCAGAGGAGUGUUCUGAUUGUGCUUGGCAUAUGGUGUUACUAGUGAUUACUGGUUAAUAUAGUAGCAGUGGUUAUAGGAACCUGAGCAAUGGUGGAGCUCAUGGUGUUCAGAAAUAAAUCUCCACGCAUGCUUUCCUAGAUUAUUCUGGUGUGGCAAAGAUCAACCUGUGUACUCUUGUUAAUACCUGUCCAAUAUAUGUGCAGCUGAGUUCUGGUUUGAAGUUCA